GGUGUAUUACCUAAGCGGUAGAUCGCCGCCAAGGGUCCCGCCGGAAGAGUCCCGCUAUGGCGCAUACUGUAUAAAUAGAACGGCUCAAUAGGUAUUGUACAUAUUUCGCGGGGUAGGUACAAUACUAUUCCGUGUUAAACUUAUCAAAACUUAUCAACUCGCAAACAACUUUGAGUCACAAGCAAAGGAACUUUGGUUCUGCAACUCAAUUCGGCCUCUAACUCUUUUCUGUGUUCUCUGUGUUUCUAUACGUAGGUACGUACAUAAUCCUUAGAGUUACAGGUCGUUAUUUCAAUUGAGAGCUUCAAGAUCGAUAACGCUAUGGCUGAGCAAGAUCAAACUUUCGUGGAUAUCCGACCGCUGCUUCAGCGCCUAUGGCCCGAUCCAGCUAAAGAGAAUGUGACUGCUAAAGAAAUUGCCGAUGCCCUCGCUCUCAUCUUCACCAACCAGCUUAGUCCCGUCCAGACCGGCUCGCUGCUGACGGCCCUGCACUUCACCGGCUGGGACCGCCGUGCCGAUGUCCUCGCCGAGGCCUCCGCAGCCAUGCGCCGCCACGCUGCCAAGAUCGAUUCUGAUGCUCUUUACAAAGUUAUUGACAAACGGCGGCGACCUGAGGGCAAGUAUAAUGGCGGACUGUGUGACAUAGUUGGCACGGGCGGUGACUCUCACAAUACCUUCAACAUAUCAACCACAUCUUCUAUCCUCGCCUCCUCUCUCCUUCUAUUAGCCAAACACGGAAACCGUGCUUCGACGUCUAAAUCCGGAUCUGCCGACUUACUUAUGAAUAUGCAACCAUUGCCCGCGCAGCUAAGCCGCAUAACCCCUUCUACCAUUACCGACGUAUACGCGCGCACCAACUAUGCUUUCCUGUUCGCUCCUGUUUUCCACCCGGGCAUGAAGCACGUCGCGUCCGUACGCAAAGAACUCGGCUGGCGUACCAUUUUUAAUCUCCUCGGGCCCUUAAGCAAUCCCUUUGGCGACGCUAUCGAAGCCCGUAUGUUGGGUGUUGCCCGCGAUGACUUGGGCCCCGUGUUUGCAGAGGCUCUACGUAUUUCCGGUGCCAAGAAGGGCCUCGUCGUAUGCGGCAAAGAGCAGCUGGACGAGGUGUCGUGCGCAGGGCCCACGCUAUGCUGGCAGUUGAUAGAACAUGCCAGCGGGACCAUAGAUAUUGAACACUUUACAUUAGAGCCGGCCGAUUUUGGGCUAAGCACGCACCCGCUGAGUACCGUGUCUCCCGGUCGCGAGCCGCACGAGAAUGCCGAAAUCCUGCGGCGCCUGUUAAACAACGAACUGCCACCUAACGACCCGAUCCUCGAGUUUGUGUUAAUCAACACAGCUGCGUUCCUGGUCGCUGCAGGGAUCUGCGAGGCGGACGAAAGCGCUAUGGGAUCGGGUGACGACGGGAAGGUUAUUAGAGAACGCGGGCCGGGAGGCGGUCGUUGGAAGGAGGGUGUACGCCGCGCACGAUGGACUAUAGAGAGUGGCGAGGCGUGGAAGCAGUGGUCUGCUUUUGCUGAGGUUACGAACAGUCUACCCGCUUAAGAUUCGUGCUGUUUCUUAUUAGAGACGCUGGUUUUUAUUUCUUUUCUCUAUUUUAAGUUGCGAUACUAGAGAAACAACGGGGGAAUCAUAGGUAUAUGCUAGCUGUAAGCUGUAAUUAAUGUCUACGACGGGACGGGUGUGAAAUCGGGAAAGGAUAGAAAAGGUCAUCACAUUAGCUUGGCACGGGAAAAGGUAUAGAUGAGGGGAAUUUAAUUCAAGAAGGAUAGAAGUACAUCAUUGACGACGGCUGUUCUAUAAGGGGUGAGAUCGGUCAUAUAUCAGUAUGCAUAAACCCGUCUAUCACAUCAAGUAAACCAGACUAAAGACACGGCAAGGUAAUAAAUACCUGGGUAUGAGAAGGGGAUUCUGCCAAUUGAUAGAGGCUACUUGUUGAGCAGAUGGCGGCCCUAAUACAUACAAAACCGCCGUCAACAUAUCUAGGGUCAGAUCUUGCGAUCCUGAGACGCAAUAAAACCAUGCGAAUAAUUACUCUUUUCUCAACUCCGGAACAAUGCUUUUUGCGAUAUUAUCGCUUUUAGGCACCCCUACCUCGCCCUCGCCCUCGCCCUCGCCCUCG